AAAAUAUCAACAACUUAUUUGCGACAGGAAAUUUCGUCUUAAAAUGCUUUGCUGCGACGUCCGCUGAAAUCAUUAGGCAGUUAGACGAGCAAGAGAGAAAACAUGAAUUGCCAUGUUUUCGUUGUUUGUCUUGUUUUGGGAUGGAUUUGCUACUGUUCAGGAGAAUCCAAAUACGGCUGCCCCCUUCCCAAACAGCCGAUGUUUGGGGCAUUCAAGUUCAAUGACCGCCGAAAGACCCUGGAAUACGUUUGCGACCAAGACUUCACACUGAUGCCCCCAGUUAGCCGAUGGGAUACUGGUCGGCAAUGCGGCGAUGACAAGAAAUGGACGGGGAAAGAUCACGAUUGUGUCCUGGAUUACAGAGUCCAACGUCAGUGUCCAAGAUUGUAUCCUCCCACCAAUGGGAGCGUGUAUGUCUCCGGAUACCAGAAGGGCGACAAGGCGAGGUACUCGUGUGAUAUUGGCUACGCACUUGAGGGUCAAGAGGAGAUAGUAUGCCUCGAAUACCAGGCGUGGAGUGGAUUGGCGCCCAUUUGCAGAAGUUACAGAAACGCAGCUGAUAUUGCGAUUUCAAUGAAGGAGAAGUUUAUCGACCGCUUUGCCGGGAUGUCUGCUACGUCAGACUCGGGCGCCCAAGCGCGAUUAAGUGUGGGCAAGAGAGGACUUGACGUCGUAAUACUCAUGGACACGUCAGCGAGCAUUGGUCCUGUGUCUCUGGAACUGGCCAAAAACUUCACGAAAGUAAUUGUCAAGAUCUUUGGAGUUUCAGCUAGUGCUGACGGAGGAGGCAAUGGGACCAGGUUUGCCUUCAUAACGUUCGAUCAAAAGCCUACCAUUGUGUUCAAUUUGAAUGAUCCAACUGUGAGAAGUGUUGAUGCGGUAAUAAAAAAGAUAGACGAAAUAAAGAAUACGGGUGGUGGGACAAAUCUUGUGUUGGCCAUAGACGAGGCGUACUCAAAAGUAUAUAUGGCAUUACUACUAAAUAAUGUCCAAAGGGGAGGUGCGGACACAAAUCGAGCCGUUUUUAUUUUGACCGAUGCAGAAGAGACUGUAAAGCACGAUCCAAAAAGGUUACAGACAAGAACAAAAUGGUUAAAAGAGGAAUUUGAAAUAUUUGCUCUUGGUGUUGGCCGGAACAUCGACCGCCAGACCUUGCGCAUCAUUGCAAGCGAGCCUCCUCAUGAGCACGUGUUCUUUAUCGACGACUUCAAAGACUUGCAGAAGAUUGGUGACACCAUCGCUGAGAGAAAUCUUGAUUUCGGAGAGUGCGGCAAGCCUGGGAAAGCAAACGUACAGCAAGAUACUGGAGAAGCCGUUAAAGGAGCUUGGCCUUGGAUAGGCUGGAUAGGCGCGCGGGGAAAGUUGUGCGGAGGUGCGUUGCUAUGCGACCAGUUCUUCAUUACUGCGGCCAGAUGCGUGUCAGAGGUCAACAAAACAUCAAAUGAGACGGUGUCUUACCCAGGCCAUGAGAUCAGCGUUAGUCUCGGAAUUAUCAAACUGUUUGACCAAGACAACGAAGAGCAAAUGACGUAUCCUGUCAAGGUUAUUCUACACCCGACCUAUACCGGUAUUCCGGACCAGUAUGGCAUCCGAAACAACGACGUCGCCAUCUUGGACUUGGGUGAAAUCAACAAGACCAGACCAUCUCUGAACUCGUUUAUCAAACCUAUUUGCUUUCCUUACCGUAGGCUGCUCAACUUCUCCGCCAGUCUCCUGAAGGACCUUAAGGGCCUUGAGCAUAACGACGCCAAGGGAUUCACAGCCGGAUGGGGACUAAUGCCAGAGCAGCACAGACAAUUACCAUCGAAUGCUCUCAAUCAAAACAGACGCAGUAUCCAAUCAGAUCGCGUAUGCGGAUUAAUGUAUCCCGGUUUAGACACGGAAAGGGUCUUCUGCGUUGGAAACAUAAAACCAGAACCAGCAGAAUGCCGAGGGGAUGUAGGUGGAGUAUACAUGGCUGAACUUUCAAACCAGUGGCGAUACGCUGCACUGGGUAUCAACCUCAGGUCAUAUGAUUGUUCGAAGGAACGACACUUCAGCGUGUUCCUGAAUCUUCACCACCCUGACAUUACUGGAUGGAUGGAAACUGUGCUUGGCCGUUGUAACAGAUUGGAGUCUGUGGAAGAAGAAGAGAAAGAGGCAGAGAAAGAAAGGAAAGAAUUAGCAAGACUGGCUGCUGAGAAAGAAGCAAAAGAAAAAGAAGAGAGAAAGAAUGUGCAGACAACAAUUCUUCCAACAUCAGAGAAAGUAGCACCUGGAGAAACGGUGGCACCAAUCGAUGCAGAGGCCGGAGAGGAACCAGUGGGAAAUAAUGCAGGAGUCAACUAAGUGAAGCUUGAAGUUACUGAGCAGCCGAUACCGCCGGAAAUAACGACGAGAAACCCAAGAAAGAAAAAAAAACGUAACGACGAGAAAUCAAGAAAUCAAAAACAAAAAAAACGUAGGCUAAGGCAAUAAUGUGACAUUCGUAACACAAUGACGUAUUCCUUUUGUCUUACGACAUUGUAGAAAAGUAAACCAAAAACUUUAACGCCAAACUCUCUAUGUGUAUGCGUUAUCAACGUUCACUAGAAUCCGCUUUUGCAUAGCUGCAAUUAAGUUUUUUUAUAGCUUUUUACUAAACGCAUUUUAAACGACGUCUAUUGUUGUGUUAAUUCAAUUUGGUGGAUAUAAUUAUAAUAACUACGAAAUUAUAUAAGUCCAAUAUGUUUGAAACUUUCACAUUUUGUCAUGUAUUGUUCGUCCCUUACCUAUGUUUCUUGAACAAUGUUUAGAAUUUGCUUUAAUACAAUGGUAUAAAUAGA